AGGAAUUAUACUCAUCAAUCAUCAUCCGUCGAUAUUUUCGAUAUUUUUCGAUACUUUACUUUAAAAAAUAAUAUUAUGGGUUUCAAAGUCAUUGUUUUUCUUGGCCUUUUUUUGGCCGCGGUUCUGAUCAUUUCGAAUCCGGCGGUUGCUGACAACGCCGAUGCAUCUAAAGAGAUCGAAGAUGAUGCUGCCAAAUAUCCGCAACAAUACGGUGAAUAUCCCGGAGGUGGAUAUGGGGGCUAUCCCGGUGGUGGAUUCGGAGGCUAUCCGGGCCGUGGUGGUUAUGGUGGUGGAUUUCCAGGGCGUGGUGGCUAUGGCGGGGGGUUCCCCGGACGUGGCGGCUAUGGUGGCGGGUUUCCGGGGCGUGGCGGCUAUGGCGGUGGGUUUCCGGGGCGUGGUGGCAAUGGUGGCGGAUUUCCAUAAAAAGAUUGAUUAUGAAUUUUAAAUUUAUGGAAUUAAGUCAUGUAUCCUUAAGUUAUAAUUAUUGGAAAUAAAAUGGAUGGACUUAUACUUGCAA